AGUCAUAAACGGUAACAAACCCUGUUUCCAUGUAUCUAUAUAUCCUGCUGUGCCAGCUGGAUAAGUGCAGCCAAACUCUUUGAUGGCAGUAUUUCAGUUGGACUGCUCAGAGUCAGGGGAAUACAUGACUUUACAUCCAGUUUUUCUUUUGAACAGUUUGUGUUGGGGUCCCACCAGAAUUAUCAUGUCUGGAAAGGCCAAAAAAGGGAGCAAAGAGCCGAGCGCUGCCUGGGAAGGAAAUGGGUAAGGAAGGGAGAGGGGAGCUGGGGCACCUCGGGGCUGGAGAGGUGGGACAAAGCACACGGGACUGGAGGAGGCCGAGCAAAAGGCACAAGGUGGGGAGCAGCACCGGGCUCCUGCGCUGCCGGUUUGCGCUCUGCUCCUCGGAGACAGCGGUCAGAGGGAAGGAGCUGUGUGAAACCAGGGCCGCGGCGCCAGAGCUAAGCAGCCCAGCACAGGAACACGGGAAAACGCAAGCGCGUGGUGACUGGGCCGAAAGCACGAAGAGGGGCGUCACAGAGCUCAAACACCACGUGCAACCUGAGGCCGUGCUGAAACACGGAAUGGGAACAAUGUGACCGUCCGUCUGUAAAUGUUACCCAAACACGGGGGCACAAGGACACACUGCCGCCAGCCCUGCCUGCUGUGCCCGACGAGCCCCUCCGCGCGCCCCUCGCAGCUGCCACCAGCCGGGCACAGCCGGGACUCUGGUCCGGCCCCCGCUCCCCUCCCGCCCGCCCUCCGGCCCGGAAGCGCACGGCGGCCGUCCCGGAGCGCCCGGCCCGGCCCGGGAGCCGCCACGGGAGCCGCUCGCAGCGCCGCGGCCGCCGCCGCCCGCCCGCCGCCUCCGGGGCGUCCCCCGGCCCCGCAGCUGACGGCGCUGGAGAGGCGCAUCGUGGAGCUGCACCGGGAGGCGGCCGCGGCGGGCCGGCAGACCUACGUGGACCCAGCCACGGGCUACCAGGUGCUCACCGAGGCCGCCCACUUGCGGAGAGGUAAAUGCUGUGGCUCUGCGUGCAGACAUUGUCCAUAUGAGCAAGUUAACGUAAGAGACCAGUCGAAAAAGAAGCGCUUCAACUCUUUUUUCUAUGUGUGACCAUGAACGCCUCUGCACUCAGCGAGAACGGCUGCAGGACCUGAGCACACCUUAUAGCUCCACGUGGCUGCCACCACCAGCACGCUGCCAUGCGCCGUGCCUGCAGCCGGCACACGGUGACUGCGCUUUCAUUGCAAUAAAGCACCAACUGAACGGUG